UUGUAUAAAAUACGCCGCGUGAAUUUUUGCACUCAGUUUUCUUCAAGCUUGUGUCAUUCGUGGCUGUGUUUCGGCUUGAAGAUGAGAGUCGCAAUUCUCCUACUGCUGGUUGCCGCAGUCUCUAUCAUUGGAGUCCAGGCCACCAGCCCACCUAUUUGUACAAACGUAAAUUGCGCCGACCAACACUGCAAUCCCGUCAGCUGCACCUGCGGCUCCUACAAGGGGUCAUGCGGUUGCUGUGACGUCUGUUACAAGUGCGCCAAUACCCCCUGCAUCAUACUUCACCAGGAUAUUUGCGAGGAUGGCUACGAGUGCAAGCUGAAUGAUCCAGAUGCAAACAUCUUCCAGGGAGCCGAGGGUACAUGCGUUGCGUCCCCAAGCACAGCGGCCCCACAUGGUCACGCGCACCAUUAGAUGGAGCAUGAGUGUUAAAGAUUGAAUAAAAAUAGGGUACUCUGAUGUAUGAAACCUGCCGAAUAAAUUAGAACCCUUUUUGUUUUUGUCUGGAAGCGUCUUCGAAUCAAUAUUUUUUGGAUAUUGAAUUAUCUAGUUAUUCAGUUUGUUUCCGGUGCAGUUAAAAUUGAUAUUUUAGUUCAAAGUUACGGAUCUUUACAUGCUACAAGGAAGAGAACAAGUAAAAUACGUGUCUGCCCCUUA